CCACUUUUCCACCUGUAUUCGAGUGAACGCCAGGUAUACGCCAGUCGCCAGUACCACUUUCGGUUCGAAUACCCGCGCUGCGCUGUUGUUUUUGUUAUAUUUCGUAUUUCGGCUUGUUUUGGAGUGCCAUAGAAGGAAAAUUGUUUUUUUUUUUAAUUAUUUUAUUAAACUCUGAUGUUUUUGUUGUUGCGAAAUGUUAAUUGUUUGUGUGUGACAAUCGGAUAGAUAAUAUUAAUAAUUAUUUUAUAAGUGCAGUGUUUUAGACGCAUAGUGGUUUCUAGGAUUUCGUUUGAGGAUUAAAUUGAGUUUGCCGGUUAUUGUUUACAGGAUUUUCCCAUUAUGGAAGGACCGAGUUUUAAAGGUUAAAAUAUGAGAGUAUAGAAACUUAAAAGACAAAAAUAGUACACCAAAACCAAAGAUCUGAAACUAUUGUGUUAAAAUGGCGUAUAGAACAAUAAUUUUGGCUGUUUUUAUCGAAUUAAGUUGGGCCCAAGAGACCACUUCGGAAGCUCCAAUAUGUUAUGGCGCGGGAUCAAUGGCAGCCGCAGUCAUCCUAACGUUCAUCUUUACUUUAUUGGUGGCGGGAGGAUUUUUCUUCAUUUGGAGGAAGCGGGAGAAUUUGAAAAAAGAUAAUCAUCUUAUUUUGGAAACCGAUCCCGAGAGAGGUGCUAAGGCUGAAUAUGCUUUCGAUAAUCCAGGAUUUAAAGAUGCGACGCUUACAGCGACAUCCGAGAAAAUGCCGAAGCAAGAAAGCGCGAGCAAAAUCAAAUGGGGCCACUGGUCGCCCCUGGCCGCCCUCAAAUUGAAACCGGAAAAGAAGAAAGCUUUAGACGAUUCCAAUUUACAGAAUCACGAAGUUAAGGUGGUGGCCCUCAAAAGUCAGGACUUUACCGGGCUCGGGUUCAACAUAUGCGGCAACAUGAAAGAAGGCAUUUAUAUUCGGGACAUUUUGCAUCGAGGGCCGGCAUACGAAUCGGGGAAAUUAAAUCCCGGUGAUCGAAUUAAUAGUGUUACAAUAAGCUUUGAGCAUAUGGUGUACGAAGACGCACUCAAUAUCUUAAGCUACGCCAGUCCUUACGAAGUCAUGAUAGAAGCCAAAGGUGGAAGAAUACUCGCCUCUUCACAAGGCCAAGGCCAUACACCCAUACAUCCCAUUUAUCGAAGUACUAGCGCUAUGGAUUUAACACAGCCUGAAAAAACAUCGAAAAAGAAGCUAUUUGGAGACGACCACUCCUCAAGCUCCAACUAUUCCAGUCUCCAAAAGUCACGCAGCAACAUGACCACGCUGGAAAGAAAAGAAUCCAAGUCUCCGCGUCCCAACCAAGGCCGACCAAAGAAAGCUGAAAAGUCACCUCAAAAAAUGACUCCAGAAAUGUUCAAGGCCCAUUUGGAACAAAGUAUCGAUCAGGAGCACCUGAAAACCCGAUUGGAAGUCGAAACACAUCAAAAGUCUGAAAAUGUCGUCGGGCAUAAGUUCGGUACCAAGGUGUUACCCAUGGACAGUCAGCAAAAGAGCCCGAAGAUUCUGGAACAAAAUCAAAACAAUAUGAACAUCGAAAGGCACAGUAUUGACGAAGUUGAUUUAAAAGUGAUACCUCCGCAAGCGAAAAAGCGAGAAAAGAAAUCUCCGGAGCCGGAUUUCGAGAGGACCGGUUCAGGCAUACGUAGGGACGUCAACGGAAUUCCUUUAGAAAUACCCGAUCAUAUGAACGACGCCGCCCUAAUGGCCAGAAGAAACCGAAAAAGCUCUGUAGAAAACGGCUUGGCCAACGAUGAAGAUUUGUCAAAAAAAUCAAAAGGUAAGGCACCGUCACCCCCUUCGGAAUUAAAAAUUAACUUCUCACUGGGACCGGGAAGCAAAAGCAGAGCCUUUGAAGACCUAAGCAAUCUGGAGCACAACGACUCCUUACCCAUUCAAACGUACGACUCAGACUCCGAAGACGGUACAAACAAUAUGUCUUCAGUAAACACCAUCGAACUUAACUCCAGUGACAUCACCAUCCACCAAAUUCAAGAGGAGGAGCGGAAAUCUAGAAAAACUGCUAGUACUGGUGACCUAACAAACAUGAAAAAAGCCCCUAAAUCGAACUCGGGCACGUUAGAAAGGGCUCAAAGCUUAGAUAUCACAGACACUUCCGGCAGUGGAUUAUCAAAAAAGCGAACAUAUGACGCCAGGGAGAAUUUAUUAAUAGACCGCGAGCCUCGGCUGUCCCUUAUUCUUGACGGCUUAACGACCUUCCAAAGAAACCGUUUAAAAUCGUCAGCUGAAUGGGAGAGUUUAGAGGAUGCGAUCUUAAAUCUUAACAGGGAUGACGAGGAGUUGGAGCUGAGGCGUAAAUCGGAGCCUCACUUUAAUGCCGUUAUGGACAAGGUGGUGCAAAUCAAAAGAGAAAGUGCUGAGCUGGAGGUUUUGUCCGAUGAGAUUGCCAAACAGUAUCAGAAAAAUGCCAUGGAGGAGCCUAAUAAGGCCAAAAUUGUAAAUAAAAUUUGGCCUGAUGAAUCAGAGUUGAAUGGGGGUACAUUCGAAAACUCUGGAUGGAAACGCUUGGGACCAGAAAUCACUAAACGGAGCCUUGAAGUUGAUGAGGAUUUUAAAGGGUCACCUGCUAUACCUGAAAGAAAUAAAUUAAAAAUUAACGAAGAGGUCAGGGAGGACCAAGAGGUAUCUACUAAGUCAACUUUCUCAAUUAGCAACAAACCAAGUACAAACAUUUCUGUCGAAUUCGAGUGCAUCAAGCCAGUGCCCCCUAAAAGGGAAAAAACUCCCGAAAAAGAGGCAAUAAUAAAUAUAAAUGACCGCAUCCCUAAAAUCUCUCCAGCAACCCCCUUUGAAAAGAUGGCCAUUUCACAAACGUGCUCUUUAUUAUCAAAGAACAGAAAUCAAGAUGGUCCAAUGAUCAAAGACGAAUGGGAAAUAGAAACUUUAAAUAACACCUCACCUCCGCCCUCAAUGACUUUAGUCGAUGAAGUGAUGGAUAGUUACAACAAGAACUUUGCGGGCAACACCGUUACGGUGGUACAAACGACCGAUAAUCUACCAGACGAAACGAAAAGUAUCGAAAACCAAAAGAGUGCCACAGCAAAUUUCAUAUUUGUCGAACGUGCGGCUCGUGAUAACGACAUUAAUGUCCCCGAUGAUGUUAAAGUAUCGAGAGGGUCCUACGAAAGUUUAGAAUGUAAGAAAAGUGAGGAGAUACCGAAAUCAGAUGAUGCCAAGAAGGAAGAUAGGCUCGUCAGUCAUGUGACUGUCACAGAAAAUGGCGGAUCAAGUUUGCAUAGUCUUGAACUGAGCAUCAAUAAUGAACCCAACGAAUUGUAUACCACCGCCUUAGAAAAUAAUACAAGUGAAUUGGGUGGCGAAGCACUCAAUGAUGUAACAGUCAUAAUAUCACAACCCAACAAGGUAAAUGUUGAAGUGAGUUCUGCAGAACAGAUAGUGGAAAUAUGUGAAAACUCCUUUUCGAAGCUUACAAAGAACCCUGAAGAAAUCCUUUUGAAUGAAGCUUUAAUAGCGGGAGAAACUCUUAACGAAGUGGAAAUAACUCAAAAUAAAUACUCCACGUUUGAAGCUGAUCAGAAAAAUACUUUUCAUAUUGAGGAACCGCUCGUAACGAACAUUGAAAAUGAACAGUUUAAAGGCAUAGAAGACGAAAGCCCAGCAAUUUCUCUUGAGCUAGAGGCACCAAAUAGUCUAUCUGACCAUGAAAAGAAAUCUUACAUCACUGAGAUCCAAGUACUCACUCCCAAUAAAAGUGAUAACGAAUCAGAUAUUGCCAUUAAAGUGGAGAAAAACGAGGAUCAAUUAGAAGACGCUUUUGAGAAAUACGUGAAAAACUUCGAGCGCCGAAUGGAGACCUUCGAAAGCAACAUACAGAACUUCGAGAAUAAUUUAGAAGAGUUCAUCAGAGAUGAACCAAAGUCAAUAGUUCUUGAAGAAAACAGUGACAUAGAGAAGCAGGCAAGUAAAAUACAAGAAAUUGUCGAGGAGCAAUUAAAAACUUUACCAGAGAUGAGGUUUACCACAUCGAGCUACGAGAGUAGCGGCAGGAAAACCCCAGAGAAGCGACACUCGUUUGAGCUGUUAAGAUCAAAUUUCGAAAAAGCGUCGAACGACAAAAGCCCUCCCAGACGUGAGAGUUUCACGCCGCCCAAAUCUCGAAUUCCCAUUUCAAUGACGAUGAAAACCCCUCCGAUGAGUCCCGAGAGGCGCGACUCUAGAAACUUGGAAAACGAGGAUGAGAAAGCGAUUUUAGAGUUGAUGGCUUCGCCCCUGCGAUCGCCGUCCCCGAAUAUGCAUUCUACCCCAUUCACAUCUAAAAUUAAGCCACCCAGUAUCAGUAGCAAAAAUGUUUCGGUGACCUCAAUCAGAAACAAUUCUAAAAUACCUUCGGGGUUACCUACUUUAAGCAGUCGACCGCCAAUACCACCGAGAAAAAGCGAAGAGGGACCUCAAACACCCACCAAUGGAACGGAAACUAGUUUUAAGCAAUGGGUAUUUAAUCCGAGUAAUAAUGUUACGAAUGUGACCGUGGGAAAGGAUAAGUAAGGAUAAAAUGGUAGUUCGGCAGCCUAGUCCAAGUGUUUGAGUUUGUAUGGCAUUUUUAUCUGUAUUUAGUCCCAGUAACAAUGUUAUAAAUCUGACGGUUGGAAAGGAUAAGACGUAAAGAUAAAUGUGUAGUUUUGGAGCUCAUUGCACAAAGUUAUGUAUCAACGUAUGAGUUCGUAGUGAAGAAAAAUUACCUUUCAGUCGUACUUGCUCAUAUAUGCUUUGAUAAAUCAAUGCAAUACAGGGUGUCAGUUUAGUACUUUCAGGGUUGAUUAUUACGAUGACAGCAAAUGCGAGCGAAAAAUGGCAUAGCAUAAUUAUUUCGAAAAAAUAAUCAAACACUUCAAGAGAUGUCUCAAAAAUAUACUUAUCGGAAUCGACAGUAGUGUGGUGCAGAUAUCGUUGAGCUUUAAAGUAAAAUAACAGUUAUUUCUGCUUCGUCAAUAUUAAUCACUUAUUUGAACAUUUUCUUUUUCCCAGAAACAAAAUGUAACGCAAAAGUCAUUUUCAAUUUCUAUUUUGGCACAUAAAGUUCAUCAGCAGGUUUGUUUUUAUCAAACUCUUCUAAAGCACUUUUGCUUAGCUUGUCAAAUUCAACAGUUCUAUUUUCACUUAAAUAAUUUUUUUUUAAUAUGCUUUAGUUCUAUUUUCUGCUUUGCUUUUUUAUUAUAUUUGAACUUGAAACUUUAUCAACAUCGGCUUUUUUUAUUACUUCUGCUCCUAAGCGCACGUUUUAUUUUCUUGGUUGACGUCAAUCUGCUGGAAUCUUCUGCUUCUUAAGAUGUUAAUAUAUCUAACAAGCUUAAAGUUGGUUGUGAUUCGAUUUUCAUGAUUUUUUGCUCAAGUGCUAGGCCGAGAGAAGUCAGGAUCAUCAAAUCUAGUCUUGGAACAAAAAAGGUUUAUUUAGCGGAUCUAUUACCCUUUAAUAAAACCACUCACUAAUAUUUUGAGUCUAGUUUCCAUCCGUAUUUCCUUUAUCAUCUUCGAAAACAAUUUUUCGUUACAGAAGCCCCCACAUUUUAAGGGCUGGAGUAAGUGAGAGUAAGAAAGGUGUGAGAUGGUUUUUAAUAGCUAUAUUUGUGACAUCUGCUCCAACAUGACUAGCAUAUCCGUCAUAAAUUCAAUACUGGUCGUUCUGGACCAAAUAUACACCAUUUAACCCAUCUGUAAUCAGCUUUUUUACGUUGUUAAUAAUUUCAUAUGCAAUAUAUUCGAUGAGGCGACGUAUAUUUCAAAAUUUAACUUUUCUUGCUUCCACGAAUUCAUGCCACCAUAAUCUAAAAAUAUGCCGCUUCAUUCUUAAUUGAUAGAAUUCCCAAAUUGAACAAUCGAUGUUGGCUCAUAGUUGAUCUCAAAUAAGAUUUUAUUAUAUUGAGUCUACCGAAUGAGCGCUCAUAAGGUGCUGCAUACGGGCAAAGUGGUGGAGUAAGUAACAUUUUAAAAGCCGUCGCAAGAGUCUUACACGCUUCUAAUUCAAAAUACUAAACGAACAGUUAUAUUACCUUAGGAUUGAGAUCUAAUUUAUCUUCAUUUCUUUUCGUUGCCUUUAACAAUGACAUAUUUUAUAUCAUUAAACAAUUCAUUUCCGUUAAGACCAAUUCAUUUCCAUUAUGACCAAUUGACAACAGGUUCUGAUUGCGAGCUUUUUUAUUAGGAUUUUUUUACGAGGAUUAUCGACUGGAUAAUAAUGUGCAAAGUAAACCAAACCGCUUUUUCAUUUCUCUUAUACUCGAAAUACGAUUCGAAACCUCAACAGUAAGCUUACUUAGAAUUUUUACUUAGAACUUCAUACGUAUCCAGAGCCGCAUCAUCUGCGACUUCCCUGGCAUCUUACGCAUUCUUUUUGUUCUUUUUUCGAUGGUCACUUCAAUUUUUUAGCAAAGUUGUUUAACCUUGAAAAUAACAGAAUCACCGAGUCUUGUUCCCCAUUCCUGCAGAUGGUCCCCCAACCAGUUUCCAGUAGUGUCAGAGUUGUAUGCAAAGCUGAAAUCUACAGUUUGAAACAUUUUUUCCACUUUAUAUCAAUGAGAUCCAUAGACCUCAUGAAUUCACACUAAAUUAAAAGAUUGAUUAUCGGAUGGAAGUUGGCUAGUUAAUGUACAUUCAAUAUUUUUUUCUGGAUUGUACGUAUAUCUGCCAUAGUUACUUGAUUAUCAUAUGAUUAACUUCUGCAAUCAUGUAUAUCUAACCGUUUUUUUUUAAAUUAUUCAAUAAAAUAAGGGACUAGGUUACGUUAGGUUUAAUGUGAGUAAUCAGUUGAUAACCCCCCACUGCGACAACUGGUCUAUCUAACUAUUAUCAGAAUGGUGGCUUACCAUUAGUGAAUUGAUUCUUUCACUAGUGUUUAUAUGAUUUCUAUGCAUAAUAUGCACUCAGUAUUGACUGCUAGUCCAAUUUUAUGCAUAUGAUGUCUUCGUUCGAAGCGACCAGUAUACACGCCCAUUAGGGUCUUUAAAUGCUUUUUCUAGGGUCUUUAAAAGUUCUGGCAUUCAUAAUAGGGAUAUUAUGUUAGUUACCUUUUCACAUAAAGUAAGCCCUAAAUAAAUUGAAAUUAUUCCUUAGUCCAAUGGCCAUAUCAAUUAGACCAUAGCUACACUUAACUGAAAUCUUAUAUGAAGAAAGGUGACACAGAAAACUACUUAAUGUUGGCUACAUUUAUGUGCAAUGGGCCCACACUAUUAAAAUUCUUGGUUGAAAAAUAUGUAUUAAAAAUUAUUAUAAAAAAAAACAAUGUAUACCUAUAGACUGUCUUUUCUGGUCGUAUUAAUGGUGGGAGGAUGUAACAUAAACAUUUUUAACAUUUAAAAAAACAAAUGACAAAUUGCAUAUUGCAAUUUGUCAUAUACAUACCUCAGAAUGCUCAAAAUAGUAUUGAUGGUGCUGUACUUAAUUUGAAUAAUUUUGUUUGUUUGCUGCUUAAGCAUGUUUAUGGAUUUCAUGGAAUUAUCGAUUAAUAUGCUCAAAAGGAAAAUAGGCUUGUUUAAGCAACAUUUAUUUAAUUUUAUUGCACUUAGUAAUUAAGUAAUGCUACAAAAAGGAUGCUAUUUUUUAGACAAUGUACAACGAAUUGUAAUAUUAAGAGUCGCUAGUGCACAUUAUUCGUAAAUUCUCAUAAGAAUCCUCUAGAAAUUAUGUUAUGAUGUAAGUAAAAAAAUUGUAAUGUGCCUUACUAGUACUUAAGGGCUAAUUCUCUGAUUGAGAAAACUUAUUGUGCUAUUUAGUAUAAAACUGUACCUCCGUAAAGAGAUUAGAUAGAGCAUUGUAUAGUAGUUUUAAGAGACUGUUUUAUUGUUUUUGUUUCAAUAUUUUAUUAUUUGAUGAUUACAUUUUGUAUUUCAGUGGUAACUAUGUUAUCCCUGCUUUUAUUAGUUAUUAUGUUUUAUAAUAAGUAAAUUUAAAAUAAUGUUUAUAGACCUUAUUACCAAUUAAACACUGUGACUUAUGCAGCCUUUUUUUGUUGAAAAAUAAAGAACUAUAUUUGAUGA